GAGGGCGCGGGCGGCGCGGGCGCGGGCGCGUGGCUGGCGCUGGCGCACGGAGCCGGCGUGGUGCGCAUGGAGCUUCAUGGACGAGCGCCCGCGCCGCUGGCGAAUGCCUCAGCUGCUGCCGGCCUCGACUUCCAUUACAAGAAGAACCUGCUGUUCUGGUCCGAUUUGAAGACGAGGAAGAUCCACUCGCAACAACUGAGCGCGCCAGCAGGACUCAACAGCUAUGCAGGCGCCGCCAUAACCGUAGCAGGCUCGUGGGCGCCGACCGCGCUCGCCGUGGACUGGGUGGGCGACAAGCUGUACGUGGCCGACGCCGUGGGGCAGAAGAUCGACGUCUUCGAGCUGGACGGACGAUGGCACGCUGUGGUGCUGGGGUCUAAUCUGACAAGUCCUGCUGAUAUUGCGCUGGACCCCACUGUGGGGUUCAUGUUCGUGGCUGAUAGUAGUCAGAUUAUCCGAGCCAACAUGGACGGCACGCACGCUAAAUCGAUUGUAUCCGAAGCUGCUUACAAAGCCUCCGGUAUCGCCGUAGACAUUAUUGCGAAACGCGUGUUCUGGUGCGACUCCCUGCUCGACUACAUCGAAACAGUGGACUAUGAUGGCAACCACAGGUUCCUGGUACUCAGGGGACAGCAGGUCCCCAGUCCCUCCAGAUUAGCGUUAUUCGAGGACCGAGUCUACUGGUCCGACAGCACCAAACAAGGCAUCAGCUCCGUCAACAAGUACGAAGGUGCCUCCAGCAUCCAGGCCAUAUACAAGCAGAAGGACAUCCGAGACCCCAAAGCUAUAACUGUGAUACAUUCUUUAAAACAAACCUCAGUAAACAACCCUUGCGGGAACAACAAUGGCGGCUGCUCCCAAAUGUGUAUAGUGACCGCGCUGCCCAACGGUGGGCUCGGCUACCGAUGCGCCUGCAACAUUGGCUACAGAUUAGGAUCAGACUUAAGAAACUGUGAUCUCGUCAAAGAGUUCCUAAUGUAUUCCCAGCAGAGGUUCAUCAAAGGAAAGGUCUUGAAUCCCGUGAUAGAAGGAUUCAGUGAAGCUAUUUUGCCAGUCGUGUCUAGAAGGGCGCGAUUUGUAGGUCUAGAUUUUGACUCAAGGGACGAACAUAUUUACUAUUCGGAUGUCUUACAGGACGUCAUAUACAGGGUACACAGAAACGGGACGACGAGAGAGAUCGUUCUCGCAUCCCAGAACGAGGGCGUGGAAGGUUUAGCUGUCGAUUGGGCAUCCAAAAACUUGUACUACAUCGAUUCUAGGAAAGGAACACUUAACGUUCUAUCGACACGAAACGUGGCUUACAAAAGGACUCUCCUGAAAGACUUGAAAAGACCGCGAGCUAUCGUCGUUCAUCCAAACAAAGGUUACAUUUUCUUCUCCGAAUGGGACCGCCCGGCGAACAUCAGCCGAGCGAACACGGACGGAACCGGUCUUCUGGUCUUCGAGAACGUCACUCUUGGAUGGCCCAACGGUCUAUCGAUAGACUUCGAGGAGGACAGGAUUUACUGGUGCGACGCUUUACUAGAUCACGUUCAGCACGCCAAAAUGGACGGAACAGACGUGAAGACCGUGAACUCCAGGUUAAUCAGGCAUCCGUUCUCGAUCGUCAUCCACAAGGAGUUCAUGUACAUCACCGAUUGGAGACUGGACGCGAUAGUCCGCCUGCACAAGCUCACAGGCGAGCAGGAGGACAUAAUGGUCCGCGAGCCGCAAACGAACCGGUUGUACGGCGUCAAAGUUUACAGCGAGGAUAUCCAGAAGAUCGAUCCCAUGCAGCCGUGCGCGAGAAACAAUGGCAACUGCCAGAAGCUCUGUUUUGCCAUACCGAGGAAUAACACGGAGCUGUUGACUGUCAAGUGCGGGUGUCCCUAUGGAGAGAAGCUGGCGAACGACGGCACCACAUGUGUUGCAGACCCGAACUCGGAACCACCGGUACAAGCCUGCCCUAACUCCUGGGACUUCACGUGCAACAACCAGCGCUGCAUCCCCAAGAGCUGGGUGUGCGACGGAGACGACGACUGCCUGGACAACAGUGACGAGGAGUUCGCCAACUGCACGAAAUCAACAUGCGGCCCUUCGGACUUCAUGUGCAAAUCCGGUCGCUGCAUCCCGGCGACAUUCAAGUGCGACAGCGAGAACGACUGCGGCGACUACUCGGACGAGGCGGGCUGCGUCAACGUGACGUGCAGCUCGUCGCAGUUCCAGUGCGACAACGGCCGCUGCGUGCCCAGUACUUGGAAGUGCGACUCCGAGAAUGACUGCGGCGAUGGAUCUGAUGAGGGCAGCCACUGCGCGGAGAAGACCUGCGCUUACUUCCAGUUUACGUGUCCUCGCACGGGGCACUGCAUCCCGGCGUCAUGGGUGUGCGACGGCGACGACGACUGCUUCGACAAGCAGGACGAGGCCGACUGCCCGCCCGUGUCCUGCCUCGCCAGCCAGUUCAAGUGCGCCGACCUCAAGCAGUGCGUGCAGGAAGCGUACAAAUGCGACGGCAUCCCGGACUGCAACGACGGCAGCGACGAGGCGGGCUGCCCGUCCCUGGCACCGCACCAGUGCCAGCCCGACAAGCAGUUCCAGUGCCGCUCGUCCGGCAUCUGCAUCCCCACCACCUGGUACUGCGACGGCACUCCGGACUGCGAGGACUUAUCAGACGAGCCGACGAUCUGCGGCACGGUGCAGUGCGCCGCCAACUACUUCCGCUGCGACAACGGCCGCUGCGUGUUCAAGGCCUACGUCUGCGACGGCAACGACGACUGCGGCGACGGCUCCGACGAGGGGCUCAAGCACGCCUGCAAGCCGCCGCCAUUCAGAUGUCCAUCGGGUCAAUGGCAAUGUCCUGGAGUGACUGGCCGCUGUGUCAACCUCACGCAAGUGUGCGACAACAAGUUCGACUGCCCCAACGGUGCUGAUGAAGGUUCGAGCUGCGACUUCGCGGAGUGCGAGCACCAAAGCGGACUGUGCUCCAACGGCUGCAAGCAGACGCCGGGCGGCCCGCUGUGCCUGUGCCCCGCCGGCGAGGAGCUGGGCGCCGACGGGCUCGCCUGCCGCGACAUCGACGAGUGCGACCCUCCCGGGCUCUGCUCCCAGGUCUGCACCAACACCAAGCGCUCCUACGCCUGCUCCUGCACGCCCGGCUACCGCCUGGCCGCCGACAACCACACCUGCAAGGCCGACAACCACUCCAGCGCCUUCCUCAUCAUCUCCAACCGCCACUCCAUCCUCGUGGCCGACCUCAACGAGCAGGGCCUCGAGCGCGUGCCCAUCAACGUCGAGAACGUCGUCGCCACCGCCUCCAAUAUGCACACCGGCACCAUUUUCUGGUCCGACAUGAAGCUGAAGAAGAUCUCGCGGUUGGACCGCGGGAGCGAACCUCAGGUGAUCAUUUCGACAGGAUUGGAUCUAGUGGAGGGGCUCGCCUACGACUGGGUCGCCGGAAAUAUUUACUGGCUCGACAGCAAACUGAACACGAUCGAAGUGGCCAAGGAGGACGGGAGCUCCCGGACCGUUCUGCUGAGCGGGAACAUCACUCAGCCGCGAGGGAUGUGCCUGGACCCCGCGCCGAAUGCGCGCUGGCUGUUCUGGACCGACUGGGGCGAGAAUCCUCGCAUCGAGCGCGUCGGCAUGGACGGCACGCAGCGCUCGGCCAUCAUCACGACCAAGAUCUACUGGCCUAACGGUCUCACCCUUGACACGGCGACGCAGAGAGUGUACUUCGCCGACUCCAAAUUGGACUUCAUCGACUUCUGCUACUACAAUGGAACGGGAAGACAGCAAGUUUUGGCCGGAAGCCACUACUUAUUGCACCCGCAUUCGCUGACGCUUUUCGAGGACACGCUGUACUGGACGGAUCGUCAGCUGAACAGGGUGCUAUCGGCGCAUAAGUUCAAAGGAUCGAACCAGACGGUCGUGUCUCAUUUGAUAUCCCAACCUUUAUCGAUUCACGUUCACCAUCCUUCGCUGCAGCCGCAGUACGACUCGCCUUGCAAGAAGAAUCCCUGCCAACAUCUGUGUCUGUUAAGUCCGAACGCGAGCGUAGAAUACACUUGUAUGUGCAAGCCUGGGUACAAACUGCACGCCGAGGGAAAAUGUGUUGAAGAGGAAUCGUCAUAUCUGAUGAUCCUGAAGGGGUCGCAGAUAAUCGACCUGUCAUCGGAUGGUUCUGGAAGAGCCGGACAGUUAGCUUCAGUUGUAGGAAUCCAAGGUGGAGUUCAACUGGACUACGACCGACAAGGCCACACGCUGUACUGGCUGCAGUCCAUAUCGGGCGACAGCGAGGACGACGAGAACUGCACAAUCUACAGUAUGCCCUACGGCGGAGGGAAUAAGGUCGAGUUCCUCGGAGCAGACACCGGCAUCGUGGGCGCGCCGUCGGCCAUCGCCUUCGACUGGAUCGGCCGCAACCUGUUCAUGGCGAACCGCGCGGCCAGCAACAUCGAGAUGGUGAAGGUCGACGGGAAAGUCAAGUACCGCACCAUCGUCAUGGCCAACGACGGCAGCAAGCUGUCCGUCGGCAAACCCAGAGCGAUCGUCCUGAACCCUAACGACGGGAAGAUGUUCUGGUCGGACGAGGGCGGCUACGGCGUGCCAGCCAAGAUAGGGCGCGCCAACAUGGACGGCUCCGACCCCGUGAUCCUCGUCAGCGACGUGGAGCGGCCCGCGGCGCUGGCGCUGGACGUGGAGCGGCGCCUGCUGUACUUCAGCACCGCCUUCCCGCCCGGCGUGGCCUCCGUCGACACCGACGGCAACGACCGCAAGGACAUCCUCAGCGAGGCCAGCGGCAUCGCCUACCCCAAGGUCAUCGCCGUGCUCGAGUCGCGUCUCUACGUGCUCGACCCGCGCCACGAGAAGAUCAUCAAGGCCGACCUGCCCAACGGCGACAACAUCAAGACGAUCAUCGACAACGAGAGCGACUUAAAAUCGAUGACCGUCUUCCAGAAGAGGAAGGCGGUGCACCACCCCUGCAUCCAGAACAACGGCGGCUGCGAGCAGAUUUGCAUCCCGGCCGACGGAGGAUCGCGCGUGUGCGGCUGCUCCGUCGGGUACCGCAAGGAGAACGAGGUCAACUGCGUGCCCUACAAGACCUUCGCUGUCGUGUCGCAGCUCGACCUCAUCAAGGGCUACAGCCUGGACUCCAGCGCCGAGGCCAUGGUGCCGGUGACCGGCGCCGGCCACCACAUCCUGCACGUGGACGUGCACUUCGCCGAGAACUACAUCUACUGGGUGGAGUUCAACCGCGGCCAGUGGAACGGCAUCUUCCGCGUGCGGCCCAACGGCACCGAGCUCCAGCACGUGGUCAAGGACGGCAUCGGCAGCAACGGCAUCCGCGGGCUGGCGGUGGACUGGGUCGCCGGCAACCUGUACUUCACCAACGUGUUCCCGCACGAGAACUACGUCGAGAUGUGCUGGCUGGACGGCUCCAACCGCAAGGUGCUGGUGAAGACGACCAUGGACGCGCCGCGCGAGCUGGCCGUCAACCCGCUGAAGCGCCUGCUGUACUGGAUCGACUACGGCCAGUACCCGCGCAUCGGCAAGGCCUACCUGGACGGCUCCAACUGGCAGACGCUCGUGAGCUCGGGCAUAUCCAACCCGAGGGACUUGACCGUCGACAUGCUGACCCACGACGUGUACUGGGUGGACUCCAAGCUCGAUCAGAUCCAGAAGAUAUCUUACAGCGGCGGGAGCAGACAGCUGAUCAGAAGCAACCUGCCGAACCCGAUGGGAAUCGCCGUUCACACCGGAAGCGUCUACUGGGUCGAUAGAAAUCUGCAGACGAUUUACAAAUCCUCCAAGCUGCCCGGCAACACGUCCAUGCCCGACAAGGUCAGAUCGAACUUGCCGAAACUGCGCGAUAUAGUAAUUUUCGACGUGAACAACCAGCCGACCGAUGAGAAUAACCCUUGUCGCAAGUUCGGAAACGGAGGCUGCGACCAACUGUGCUUCAGCUACCCUCCCGACGCCGGCAAGGGCGCCACACACCGUUGCGACUGCGCCACCGGACAGCUGGCGGCGAACGGAAAGAAAUGCGACGUAGUCGACGAGUACCUCGUGUUCACGACCAGAACCGAAAUCCGCGCCAUCAACUUGGACCCCAAAUCGACGAACGUUCCGUUCAAACCGAUCGGCAACCUCACCAACGUCGUGGGCGUCGAGUUCGAUUACACGGACAACAAGUUGUUCUUCACCCAAAUCAGGCCGUGGGCCAGGAUCGCCUGGAUGUCCGCCAACAACCCCGAUUCUGCGGGAAUACAGAACAUCAUCAACAAAGGAAUCAACCCCGAAGGCAUCUCGUACGACUGGACUCAGAAGAAGAUCUACUGGACCGACAGCUCGAAUAAUUCGAUAUACGCGAUGAACCUCGACGGAUCCGAGCUGGUGAUGAUAGCCAGGGUGGAGAGACCGAGAGCCAUCGUCGUGGAUCCCUGCAACGGAACCCUCUACUACACCGACUGGGGCAGGUUCGGAACCUCCGGCAAAAUCUACAGGACCACCAUGGCCGGCUCGCUCAAGAGAGCGAUAAUCGACAAGGACCUGUCUCAGCCGAGCGGGCUCACAAUCGACUUCGACGACUACAUGCUGUACUGGACGGACGCGGUGCGAGAGAAGAUCGAGCGGUCCAAACUGGACGGCUCCGAGAGGGAGGUCCUCGUCACGGCGACCAUCUACCCGUUCGCGAUCACCGUCUUCGGGAACUACAUCUACUGGACCGACCUCCAGCUGCGCGGCGUGUACCGCGCCGAGAAACACACCGGCGCCAACAUGGUGGAGAUGGUCAAGAGGCUCGACGACUCCCCGCGGGACAUCCACGCGUACAGCCCCGGCCGCCAGCGCUGCCAGGCCAACCCCUGCAAGCUGGCCAACGGCGGCUGCGCGCACUCCUGCCACCCCGCGCCCAACGGCACCGUCGAGUGCCGCUGCGACGACGGCGCCAAGCUCGUCAACGAGGGCCGCAUGUGCGUCGCGCGCAACGUCACCUGCGACCCGUCCAAGUUCUUCUGCGCCAACGGCAAGUGCAUCAGCCGCAUGUGGUCCUGCGACGGCGACGACGACUGCGGCGACGGCUCCGACGAGGACGCCAACUACUGCGCCUACCACUCCUGCUCGCCCAACGAGUUCCGCUGCAACAACGGCCGCUGCAUCUUCAAGUCGUGGAAGUGCGACCACGAGAACGACUGCAAGGACGGCUCCGACGAGGAGGGCUGCGUCUACCCGCCCUGCGCCGACGGCGAGUUCACGUGUCUGAACUCCCGCUGCAUCCCCAUGGCGCAGGUCUGCAACGGCAUCAACGACUGCAAGGACAACGUCACCUCGGACGAGACGCACGAGCGCUGCCCGCGCAACACCACGUGCCCCGCCAACCACCUCAAGUGCGAGAAGACCAACAUCUGCGUGGAGCCCUACUGGCUGUGCGACGGCGACAACGACUGCGGCGACAACUCCGACGAGGACCCGCUGCACUGCGCGCAGCGCACGUGUCCGCAGAACAGCUUCCGCUGCCCCAACCACCGCUGCGUCCCGGCCACGUGGUACUGCGACGGCGACGACGACUGCGGCGACGGCGCCGACGAGCCGCCCGAGUACUGCCGCUCCGAGGGCCGCACGUGCUUCGGCGACCUGUUCACGUGCGACAACGGCAACUGCAUCCCGCGCAUCUACAUCUGCGACGGCGACAACGACUGCCUCGACGGCAGCGACGAGGACGAGCGCCACCAGUGCGACGAGCGCAAGUGCGACGCCGACACCGAGUACACGUGCGAGGAGAACAAGUUCUGGGGCCGCGCGCAGUGCAUCCCGCGCAAGUGGCUGUGCGACGGCGACCCCGACUGCGUCGACGGCGCCGACGAGAACGCCACGCUGCAUCACUGCGCCGCGCCCGCGCCCUGCGCCGCCGACCAGUUCCAGUGCACCAACGGCCGCUGCAUCAACGAGGGCUGGCUGUGCGACCACGACAACGACUGCGGCGACGGCUCCGACGAGGGCAAGCGCUGCAACGCGCUCUACAAGCGGUGCUCCGACCAGGAGUUCAAGUGCCAGAACUUCAAGUGCAUCCGCAACCACUUCCGCUGCGACGGCGAGGACGACUGCGGCGACCACUCCGACGAGGUCGGCUGCGUCAAGGAGAACAAGACCUGCCCGGCCGACCAGUUCAAGUGCAACAACGACCAGUGCAUCGACAACAGGCUCGUUUGUAAUAAGGUGGCCGACUGCACGGACGAAUCGGACGAGCCCGCUCAUUGUAACGUCGACGAGUGCGCCAAGCUCGAGAUAAACCAGUGCGGCCACAAGUGUAUCGACACUUUAACCGGGUACUACUGCGACUGUAACCAGGGCUACAAGCUGAUGCCGGAUGGAAAGGCUUGCGCGGACAUAGACGAGUGUCUGGAGACUCCGGGCGUCUGCUCCCAGUACUGCUCCAACACGCCCGGCUCCUACUACUGCAAAUGUAACGACCAAUACUACGAGCGCGAGGCCGAUGAGAGGACGUGCAAACGUAAGGACAACACGACCGCUUGGGUCAUCUUUACCAACAAAUACUACGUCAGGAACAUGUCCACCGACGCAACGUUGUACAAUCUCGUUCAUCAAGACCUCAUGAAUGUCGUGGCGAUCGAUUUUGAUAUCAAAGACAAGAUGAUGUACUUCGCUGAUGUCUCCGCGAAGACUAUCUACCGAUCGGACUACACGGACCCCACCCCGACAAGAGAAGUUGUCAUCAGACACGACUCGCACGGUCUGGAAGGUAUUGCCAUCGAUUGGAUCGGCAGAAAACUGUACUGGCUGGACAGACACUCCAAGAACUUGGAUGUAUCAGAGCUUGAUGGUACAAGAAGAAAGACGCUAAAGACUGGAAUCGCCGAUCCUAGGGCCAUUGUCGUACAUCCGGGCACCGGGUACUUGUACUACACAUCUUGGCAUCUCCAGGCCUACAUUGGAAAGAUGGGUAUGGACGGCUCGAACUUCAGCAUCAUUCUGAACUGGGAACAGGACAUCGCCUGGCCGAACGCUUUGACAAUCGACUACUUCACCGACAGGAUCUACUGGGCUGACGCUCAUCUGGACUACAUCGGAUCGGCCGAUCUGGAAGGCAGACACAGACACGUCGUCCUGUCAGGAUCUAAGGUUCCUCACGUAUUUGCGCUCAGUCUGUUCGACGACGAAAUUUACUGGACCGAUUGGAACCUGAAAGCUAUAAGCAAGGCCAACAAACACUCGGGCGAAAACUUGAAGAUUCUGAGAAACACCACGCACAGGCCUUACGACAUCCACGUGGUUCACCCGUUGCGGCAACUCCCGUACCCGAACCCUUGCGGAGACAACAACGGCGGAUGUUCACAUCUCUGCCUCAUCGCACCGCCUCACGAAUCCAGCUACCUGAACAUCGAGGGUUACGGAGAGGAAGGCGCCACCACUUACAAGUGCGCUUGCCCGAACCAAUUCUACUUAGCCCGAGAUAUGAAGACCUGCAUAGCCAACUGUACCGACGGUCAACACAGAUGUAACGGGCGGGACGAGAAAUGUGUGCCGUGGUUCUGGAAGUGCGACGGCGAGAAGGACUGCAUGGACGGGUCGGACGAGCCGGACACGUGUCCGGUCAGGCAUUGUCGAGCCGGCUCCUUCCAGUGCAAGAACACCAACUGCACCCCGGCUGCGACCAUCUGUGACGGCACCGACGACUGCGGCGACGGCUCCGACGAGGCUCAGUGCGCUCACGAGUGUCCGCUUCUCGAAUUCAAAUGCAGAUCGAGCGGUCGUUGUAUUCUGGAUAGCUGGAAAUGCGACGGAGACGCCGAUUGUAAGGACCACAGCGACGAGGACCCGGCGAUGUGCCACAACAGACCCUGCAACCCCGAUUCGGAAUUCUCCUGCAAGAACGGCAGGUGUAUCCCCAAAUUGUGGAUGUGCGAUUUCGACAACGACUGCGGCGACGAUUCCGACGAACCCGCUUACAUGUGCCGGCAAAAGAACUGCACCACCGGCUGGAGGAGAUGUCCCGGCGCGUCCAACUACAGGUGCAUUCCCAAAUGGUUGUUCUGCGACGGCAAGGACGACUGCAGGGACGGCUCCGACGAGCUGCCCGAGAACUGCCCGACUUGCAAUUCAGAGACCGACUUCACCUGCGAGAACAUGCGGUGCAUCCCGAAGCAGUGGCUGUGCGACUUCACCGACGACUGCGGCGACGGCAGCGACGAAGCCGAGACGGUCUGCCAGCACAAGUACAGGGAAUGCUCGGAGUCCGAAUUCAAGUGCGGCAACGGGAAAUGUAUAUCGUCAAGAUGGCGGUGCGACCACGAGGACGACUGCGGGGACAACUCGGACGAGAUGGACUGCGGCGGCUUCAAGUGCAAGAACGGAACCUUCCAGUGCGCGUCGGGCCACUGCAUCGCGGCCUACUUCCGCUGCGACGGCGACCGCGACUGCCGCGACCUGUCCGACGAGAUCGGCUGCCCGCCCCGCUACCCUGGCGGUAGAUAUUGUCCGGAGAGCAGGUUCCAAUGCGCGAACAACCUGUGCGUGUCGCAGCUGGACCUGUGUGACGGCAGCGACGACUGCGGCGACGGCUCGGACGAGGCGGCGGCCAUCUGCACCAACUUCAACUGCGACACGCUGCGCCGCUUCCACUGCGACAACCACCGCUGCGUGCCCAGAUACCAAGUAUGCGACGGGGUGGACAACUGCGGCGACGGCUCGGACGAGAACAACAUGACGCUGUGCGCGGCGCGCGCGCGGCCGUGCGACCCCUAUGCGCAGUUCCAGUGCGCCAACAAGCGCUGCGUGGAGCGCGCACAGCUGUGCGACCUGCGCGACCACUGCGGCGACGGCUCCGACGAGCGCGGCUGCCACCAGGCGCACACCUGCACUUAUCUUGACAAAGGCGGCUGCGAGCACUUCUGCACGAACCUGACGGCCCCGGCCGGCGCCGGGCCCGGCACCGGCGGCGGGUACAUCUGCACGUGCUUCCAGGGCUGGAUCAUAUCGCCGGCGGAUAGCAAGCGUUGCGUUGACGUCGACGAGUGCGCCGACGGCACGCACCACUGCUCGCAGCUCUGCACUAACCUGAAUGGAAGUUACAGCUGCGAUUGUAGAGAAGGCUUCAAAUUGGCAGACAGCCUCUCGGGCGUUUGCAAAGCGACAGACGGCGAAGUGGUCCUCAUGUUCGCCAACGGGCCCGAAAUUCGCGCCUUCGUGCAGGACAAGAACGACGAGUUCGACGUCAUCACCUCCGAGAAGAGGAUAGAGGCCAUCGACUACGACCCCAAGAGAGAGAUGGUGUUCUGGGCUGACAGCUACGACAAGACCAUCAAGAGGUCCUACAUGGUCAACGCCUUGGAGGGACAGGUGAAGACAGGCUUCGCCCAGGACCUCAACAUGAAAGGAAACUCCAAACCGACCGCGUUGGCCGUCGACUACAUGGGCGAUAACUUGUACUGGACUGAAACAGAUAGAACUGGAUCGAAACCGCGCGGACGCGUGAUGGUCGCUAGAACAGACGGAAGGUACCGACGAGCGCUUGUGUCCGCUGGUAUUGAGAGCCCCACGUCAAUAGUCCUGGACCCGCAAAUGGGAAGGAUGUUCUGGGCCGACGCCGGAUCCGCGCCGAAGAUCGAAAUCGCCUGGAUGGACGGCUCGAAGCGGCGACCGAUCGUGACCGAGAACAUCCGACACCCGACCGGUUUAUCGAUCGACCAGGCGAUGGAUCACUCGAUAUACUGGGCCGACACGAAACUGAACACCAUCGAGAUGAUGCGCCACGACGGCUCGCACCGUAAGAUCAUCCUGCAGGGAGACAUCUUGAAGCACCCGUUGUCUUUGGACGUGUUCGAGUCGUCGCUGUACUGGGUGACCAGAGACACUGGAGACUUGGUGCGGCAGGACAAGUUCGGCAGAGGCGUGCCGUUUGUGAUCUCGAAGGACCUGGAUAAUCCGUCGGCUGUGAAAGGUGAGUUUGCAUUCUGA